CGUCAUUAAGCGGACCUAGUUGAAAACCAGACAGAUCAGGCAGCAUACAGAGAGUGGAGCAAAGCGCGUCAAAUGAUCGGUAUGCGCACUGCGCAGACGCGGACGUCGACGCGUAUAUGUGGUGAGCCAAUAGGAGGGCGCGAUUGUGGAUUUGAACGAUACCGGGACAGGUAUAAGUGUUUGGAGUUGCGGUUGGCGUUGGACUUUCGUUCGUCAUUGGACUUGAGGAGAAGACGAAGCAAUUUCAACAGCGGCAACAAUAGGAGAUCUUAGUACGGUAUGUUUUUAUACUAUAAGUAUUGUUUCGGUGGUGGCAAAAUGUCGUGUAAUGUUUAUUUGAAAUAACAAUGUUUGAGACCCUGUAGUGAACGUGUAAUUAAUGGAUGUUGCCGUCUUUGUUGUAGACGAUGGAUAUACUGUUUUGCGAGAUGUGUAGCUAAGUUAAGUGAAAUUUUAAACAGCUGGUUUAUCCAACUGUUGUAUAGGAGCGGCGUACAGUGUAAAAUGGCGUAUUGUUGUAUAGUACAGAUUUAUUUGUAAUGGUGCAUGUUGUAGUUUAGCUGAAGAAGCCUUUGCAAAUGGCGACCUAUAAGAAUAAUGUGCUGGAUAUAGAAGGAUAUGGGCAAGAUAUGAUGUGUUUUCGUGUGUUCCACAGAGUAAUGGCUGACUCAAAGAGGAAGUGUUUGGAGGUAGAGGGUUACGUACAUGACGUGUCUGAAGUCCUACAAGGGAAAUCAAGCAAUGUGCGUUAUUUUACGGCCUUGCUGCAGGAGGCCAACCAGAACAGCAGAGUCGUUGUGUUCGACGUGCAAAAGCACAACAGUUUUCAGUGUGCUGCAAGAGACCGCUCUCCAGUCAAGUUGUCUUUUGUGGAGCAUUCUCCCUCCAAACAGCACAACAACACUAAUGAUCUGUUGGUCAAAUCUGGGACAAAGGUGUCUGUUCUCCGGCGACUGGAAUUUGCACGGGAAGAUGGCUUGACUUCAAGAGCCCCUGUGAGGAGUUUGAGUGACAUACAGCGGGAUGUCAGAGAGUACCAGAGGGUCACUGUGAAAGUCAAAGUGUUACGAAUGCUGCAGGACAAAGAAAGUGUGGUGCGGGGACAGAAACUGCGCAGGAAGAGUGUUGUUGUGGCUGACAGCAGUGACCUUAUUUUGCUGAGUCUUUGGGGUGAUCAUGUAAUGACAAUAGGUGAAUGGUAUAUUUUGACGAAUGUGUCUGUAAGAGUGUUUAAGGGGAUGACAUCAUUAAGUACAACGAUGCAAACUAGCUUAAGUGUGGUUGAAAAUUCUGGGCCCGCAAAAGAAUUUGUUGAGGAAGAUGUAACUUCAGUCGUCGGAGAGAUAGUUGAGGCAGAAGUCAAAGUAGACCAUUUUUGUCCAAAACACCACCUGUUGGAAAACAUUAAUGUUGCCACACACAUGACCCGCUGCACAAAAUGUGCUUCUUUUUGUAAGACUUCGAAAUCUAGAGUUGAGAUGCGUGGUCACAUAGGAAUCACUGUGGAUUUUGUGCAGCGCAGAAUUCCUUUGGAUGAUGCAGAAAUUCGGGAACUUUUAAAUUUGAAUGGACGGGAAAAUCUGGAUUCACAUGCAUUAGCUGCAAAGCUGCUUGUGCAUGAUGAUCUAAAGGUGGAAAUGUGGAGGGAGUUUAUCACCAGGGUUUUGUUUGUGAAGAAAGAUGAUGCUGUAGAUGCUCCUAAAGAUGGGAGUGAUGAAGCAGCAGCAGCAGUCUCUAAUGGGGAAAAGGAUGAGUUUGACAAUUUGGAUUCAUUGUUUGACUGACUUGAGUUGCGUUGAACGUUAAGUGGGACUUUAACAAUGUGCAAUAUUUGAAAAAGACUGAAAAAAUGCAUCGUAAGUUUUAAGAAGUUUUUCCAAGAAAUACAGAUGAUGACAGUCUGUUCUUAGUUAAAUUUUUUUAGCGUGUAUUUUAUUUAUUUUUAUUGUAAAACAUUGUACAAGACGUGUUAUGUAAAUUAUUAGAUUGGAUUCAUUGUUUGACUGGAGUUGUGUUGAACGUUAAGUGGGACUUUUUAACAAUGUGCAAUAUUUGAAAAAGACUGGGGGAAAAAAUGUAGCUUAAGUUUUAAGAAGUUUUUCCAAGAAAUACAGAUGAUAACAGUCUGUUCUUGGUAAAAAAAAAAAAAAAAAAGUGUGUAUUUUAUUUAUUUUAUUUUUAUUGUAAAACAUUAUGUACAAGACGUGUUAUGUAAAUUAUUAGAUGUGCAAUAAAUGUGUGCCUGUG